CAGGAGGCAGCAAAAAGUUGGCAGAAAGUUCAGCUGCAGGAAAGCCCCAGAUGGAGGAUGGGAGGAAAAAAAAAACACAAAAUUCCCUCCCGAAGAUGACAAACUAGAGGAUUUCAAAGCGUGACAACCUGGACCAAACCUCUGAAGCAGGCCAGGGGCGGAGGGAACCUGCGUAAUUCCAACUCCUCCUCCCUCCUCUUCGCUUAAAAAGCUGCGCGGGGCAACUGAAGUUUAGUCGUCGCUCCUUCCCAGCCAGCUGCGCCAGUAUCUGCCGGCUCGCAGUCUCGGAAAGUCCCGGAGCGCGUUGUUGGUUUUUUUUUUUACUCCGCUGUUUGAGCGAGACGGCAGGCCCAGGACGACGGAGACCGCUUUCCUUUGGGGGGGCUGCUCAGCUGCCGUUUCCCCGCUUUCGCCCCUUUUCGAGACGCGUUGUUCUCCCACAGGGCUGCUGCUGCUACUGCCACCGCCGCCGGGGACCGAGGUCCCUUUCUCCGCGUCGCCAUGCGAGCCCAGUUCCUUCUGACCUUUUGCAUCCUUGCUUACCUGCCGCAUGAAGCCAUCCUGGCAAGACUUCCUCAAACGCAGGACCCCAGGACAGCAGAUGAUGACACCAAACAGUUCUAUGCCGUUUACGCGAAUCACGAAUGCAGGAAAUGCCCACCAGGGACUUUCGUCCUUAGUCCAUGUACUGUCCCCAGAACUGAAGGGAUUUGUCAACCCUGUGAAAACAACACUUUUUCCAAACUCUGGAAUUCCUUUCCCUCCUGCUUCCGUUGCAGAGCCUGCAGGAUUUUAGAUGAGGUCGAAAUAAAAAAGUGUACUGCAACCACAAAUACCAAGUGUGCUUGCAAGAAUGGUUCCUUCUGCUCACCUGGCCAGCCGUGUGAAAUUUGCACUAAAUGUAUGACAAGCUGCGGUCCUGGAGAAAAGAAGGUGCGGGAUUGCACGCCUAUAAGUGAUAUCCAGUGUGUUCCUGAUACUACCUCAUCGCCUCCAACAGAUUCCCCUGGACAAGAAGAUCCCCUGGUCUGGCCUUUUGUGCUUCUAGUGGUGGUUGCGGUAUUGGUUCUGGGCUUGGUGGUAUUAUGGUGGUGUUGGAGAAAAAACACAACCUUUAGAAACGCUUGCAUAGGUUUCUGGAGCAACAAGCGUACGCAAUUCCUCCAAUAUCUGCAGAAGAGGUCCAGUCCAGAGCCAAGCGAAGAACGUGACAACAUGUUGAACAUGCAAAGGAAGGAGAAAUCCAAAAUUCUUUCGCCCAGUUGUAGCCCUGCCAAUGGACAAGCGCCGGAAAUAAUGAUUCCAUUAAGAGCUCCCCCACCAGAGGAGGAAGGUCAAGAACAUGCAGAAAUGAGGAAAUUGGUUCCUAGAAAUCGCGACAACUCAGCAAACACCCUGAGUCAAUCUUUUGACGUCUUCAUCAGCAAGGUGCCCUCAAAGGAAUGGAGAAGAUUCAUGAGACUCCUCAAGUUGACCGACAAUGAAAUUGACGCUGCAGAAAACUCUUUACAUUAUAUGAACGACAAGCAUUAUCAAAUGCUACGGACCUGGCUGGACAAGAAUGGCCAGGCGGCCACCUUGAACGUUCUUCUGGAGGUGCUCAGAGACAUGGACUUAAAGGGUGUAGCGGAAGAAAUUACAUCUAUUCUCGUUGCUCAACGUUUGUAUGUCUACGAAGAGUAGGUUCUCAGCCAGGUGGUCUCUCCUUGAAUCUAACCUUUGACCACCUGGCAAAGUGGUAAGGAGAAGAUGCUGUGUUACUAGCUUCUUCUGACCAAGUCGUAUAUUGUUUACAUUUUAAAAUAAUUAAAACCAGCACGAGGCCUUCUAUAUGCACUGCCUUUCCAAGAGGGCUUUUUUAAAAAAAAAACAUCAAAAAAAAAUGUUGAGAAUAGGACUGUGCUGGACAUUAGACCCAAAGAUAAAAUCUGCUUUCAGAGUUAGAUGUGGGUUAUGCCAGCCACAUCAUUGUUGCCCUGUUCUUACAGGAAUGGUAUCCUUUCACAGACUUUGCCAGAUCCCCGUUUAAUCUUGGGAAAAUACCAAUAGGGAAAUGCCAAUAGCGUGCCAUGUCUGGCUUGGACCCUGUCCUUAGGGCCCUCCUGACACCUCCUUUCUUUAGUCCGCCUGGGUUUUCUAAGGAUGGCACAACUGCUCUUUAAGCCCUCCUCCUCCCCAAAAAAAGAUCCAUUUCUUUAAAGAGGUGCCAGGCGAAUUUGGCUUUUCAGAAGUGAUCGUGCUAAGAAGUAUUACUAUACCGGUGUUGUUUUGAAGGCUGUCUCAUUCUUUUCAGUAUGAUGUUCCCCCAGGAAAGUUAUUUUUGGUGGCCAAAUGGAUCCUUUUCAAUGAACAAUAUAAAUUCUGUAUUAUUAUUAUUAUUAUUAUAUUUUUUUUAAAAAAAAUCCGUCUUGGGUAAAUUUGGAUAGCCUCGGGUCUUCUUUUGGAUGAGAUGUGAACAAAAGUUGUUUAAGGGAAAACCAUCUUUGUACCUGCGUAUGAAGUGUUUGGUUUUAAAUCCGGCUGCUAUUCAGUGAUAAAAAGGUGCCUCCACCAAUAAGGACAAUCCUUUCACUUGAUGGGCUAGUAUUUGCCAUUCUGUUGACGCUGUGAAGCUUCUCGUGUGUUUUUGGCUGAAUUUAAUUCUUCUGGGUAGACGGUGCCAAAUGUUCAAAACUGAUUUCUUGUAUCUACAUCUCCAGGGUACUAGAUAUAGAAGGGAGAAAUAGCUCCUCCCUUAAGUCAUUACAGCAGGAAUCACCAACCAUGGGCCACGACCCACUACCGGGACGUAGCCUAUUUGCAACCAAGCCACACAUGUGUGGCAUGCUGGUGCAACAGGAAAGGUUGGGAUACGAGGCAAUAUAAUAUAUUCAGGAGCUCUCAUCUGCAAGGGCUAGAAGCGUUUCGUCUUCUUUCCAAUUCAGUGAAAAUGAAAUAUCUCAAGAAAAUGAAAUGCUACGCCCGAAAUUAUUUUCCAUCUCCGUUUUUGGACAUGCUGUUAUACAUGUCCGCCAAAGUAGGGAUUGUUCUUAAAUGCACAUUGGAGGGUCUCUAGGAAUCUCUUUUCGGUCGUUUGAGAAGAGAAGACAGAAGGAUUUUCCAGCUACUUGUUUCCAAUUUAGCAUUGAUUUAUAUUCUACAGGGCAAGAUCCAGAUCCUCAGCGAGAGAAUACGUAUAGUAUGUUGAUGAAAUAUUGAUAUAUGUCGAUGUCGAUAUUUUAAAAUAUCCUGUUAAUUUGAGUUCCUUUAAAAAAAAACACGUGCGUGUAUAUUUGCUGCUAAAAGGUCAAAAUAGGAGCAUAAAAAAGAAAUGUACUAAUCUUUAAAAACUAAAAUGUUACACUCCCCCCCCCCCGCAAAAAACAAAAACAAAAAAUCCCCGGUAACUGAAGUUCUUUAAUUUGCAAGAUCCUAUUUCUGAUUUGCAGUAAACGUGACAACGUGGUUUUAUUUGCGGCAAUUUUAAAAAAAACAAGCGUAUGAAUAUUUUAUUUUGUAAAUUAUUAAUCUGGGCCACGAGAAAGGGGCGAUUUGGCCUCUCGUGCGCCGCGUGUUUACAAGCAAUCCUUUGAGGUUGUAAAUUGUGGAGCUCCGUUCUCGUGGUGCCUAUAAGGCUGUUGUAGUCUCCGUUCUCUCGGUCUCACCCCAUCAUGCUGGAGUACAACUUCCACCGAUCCUUCUUCCUGGGGCUAAUUACAAAUGCAAGAAAAUCACCCAGAGACUGUCAUCCACCAUCUCCCCCCCACCCCACCCCGCUCCCAUUUUCUUCUCCCUGAUGAAAUUCUCUGGGGGAAAAAAUGCUUAUUAUUCUCAAUGAAUUAAGCAGAUAUGUAACUCUAAAUUUGAGGUUGGAAAAUAGAUAUUUCUCUCUGGGCACAAUGAGAAUUUAUCUGCUGAACAAAACUCCACAUUGGCGAGAGGAAAGGCAUCCGGCCAGUAAACACUCGGCUCCGUUCAGUUGCCCAGACUCCACUAGGAAUUAUGGAGUCAUUAAAAUGAGAUUAUACAUCUCAUAUAAUGCAUAUGGAUAUAUAUGUGUGUGUGUAUAUAUAUGUUUUCUGAAGUUUUCGCGGGUGUUUGUAUGUAGGUCUUUGGUUAUUCGGGUUUUCUCCCACGUAAAAUUGGAGGUGUCUUGGCAACGUUUCGACGAAGUCUCAUUCGUCAU